AUGGGUAUCCAAGAACGAAUCUCCUCCAUUUCGUCACAUCUUACUAACUCUCCCAGAGGUGAUAUCGGUUUGAUUGGUUUGGCCGUCAUGGGUCAGAACUUGAUCUUGAACGCCGCUGACCACGGCUUCACUGUCGUUGCCUACAACAGAACCACCUCCAAGGUUGACGACUUCUUGGCCCACGAGGCUAAGGGCAAGUCCAUCAUCGGUGCUCACUCCAUUGAGGAGCUUUGCGCCAACUUGAAGAGACCAAGAAGAAUCAUCUUGUUGGUCAAGGCUGGUUCUCCAGUCGAUGCCUUCAUUGAGCAAUUGUUGCCUCACUUGGAGAAGGGUGACAUCAUCAUUGACGGUGGUAACUCUCACUUCCCAGACUCUAACCGUCGUUACGAAGAGUUGAACAAGAAGGGAAUCCUCUUUGUUGGCUCCGGUGUUUCCGGUGGUGAGGAGGGUGCUCGUUACGGUCCAUCUUUGAUGCCUGGUGGACACCCAGACGCUUGGCCACACAUCAAGGAGAUCUUCCAGUCUAUUGCUGCCAAGUCCGACGGUGAGCCAUGUUGUGACUGGGUCGGAGAUGCCGGUGCCGGCCACUACGUCAAGAUGGUCCACAACGGUAUCGAAUACGGAGACAUGCAGUUGAUUUGUGAGGCUUACGACUUGAUGAAGAGAGUUGGUAAGUUCUCUAACAAGGAGAUUGGUGACGUUUUCGCUACCUGGAACAAGGGUGUCUUGGACUCUUUCUUGAUUGAGAUCACCAGAGACAUUAUGUACUACAACGACCCAACUGACGGCAAGCCAUUGUUGGAGAAGAUCUUGGACACUGCCGGUCAGAAGGGUACUGGUAAGUGGACUGCCAUCAACGCCUUGGACUUGGGUAUGCCUGUCACCUUGAUCGGUGAGGCUGUCUUCGCCAGAUGUUUGUCUGCCAUCAAGGACGAGAGAGUCAGAGCUUCCAAGGUUUUGACUGGCCCAUCCGUUGAGGGUGAGUCUCCUAUCACCGACAAGAAGAAGUUUGUCGACGACUUGGAGCAGGCUUUGUACGCUUCCAAGAUCAUCUCCUACGCUCAAGGUUUCAUGUUGAUCAGAGAGGCCGCUAAGGAGUACGGUUGGAAGUUGAACAACCCAGCUAUUGCCUUGAUGUGGAGAGGUGGAUGUAUCAUCAGAUCCGUCUUCUUGGGUGAGAUCACCGCUGCUUACAGAGAGAACCCAGACUUGGAGAACUUGUUGUUCCACCCAUUCUUCUACGAGGCCAUCACCAAGGCUCAGCAGGGUUGGAGAUCCACCAUUGCCAAGGCUGUUGAGUAUGGUGUUCCAUCUCCAGCUUUCUCCACUGCCUUGUCUUUCUACGACGGUUACAGAUCUGCACAGUUGCCAGCUAACUUGUUGCAGGCCCAGAGAGACUACUUCGGUGCUCACACCUUCAAGGUUUUGCCAGGCCAGGAGAACGACUUCUUGAAGAAGGACGAGUGGAUCCACGUCAACUGGACCGGUAGAGGUGGUAACAUUUCUGCCACCACUUACGAUGCUUAG